UGCCAGCCUGGCAGAGAGGGCUGAUAUAAAUAGACUUGUGUACAGAGUACACUGACAUUUCCACACGAAAGAUUUCUACGCUUCACUUGACUACCACACCUGUCUAGUACCUGAAGAAGCCUUUCUUUCAAGAUGGCGUCUAAAAAAUCCCAGGAUGUGAAGAAAAAACCUGAAAAGAAAAAACCUGACAAGAAGAAGAAAAAGGAGUCUGAUGAUGGUGAUGAUGCAGGCGGUGACGAUGGAGGCGGUGAUGACGCAGGUGGUGAUGAUGGUGCUGGAGACUAUGGCGGUGAUGACAGUGGAGGCGGUGAUGGUGGCGACUACAGUGGUGGUGUAGACUACAGCGGUGGUGGAGACAACUACAGCGGCGGCCAUGACAGCCACGGGCAUCAUCAUACAAGUGGGGGGUGCCAUGAUACUGGGGGCUCAAGCAAUGACUACAGCGGCGGAGGUUAUGAUGGGGGUGGGAGCAGUGGCUGCCACUGGGGUGACAACAUCCCUGACACCAACUAG